GAGCACGUGCGAAGCAGACUCGCCAUCGCUCAGAGUUCCCUCCAUGAACAAAAUAAAAGCGUUCACGAGAAUGCACAGUCACAAUUACGAGCAGCUGCGCGGCCAUCAGCCGCAGCCUGACGCUGCGAGCAGAAGCAACUGGGGACAUGUCGGUGGUGGUGGCAACGACGAUGGCGUAGUUGGACGAGGAGUCGAUCGUCUGACGGGAUCCCAGGAGCGGGUGCUCCUCGACCGCACGGAAGAUUCCAUCCUGGCACUGCGUUCCUCUCACUCCAGCCCGAUCUCUUCUUCUGCUGCUGCUGCUGGUUCUGGUUCUGAUCCUUCUGCCGCGACUGUCAGUCCCUCUCUCCAGAACGGGGGCCACAGUCUCAAAGCUCCACGAGGUCCUCUGCCCAGCAGCGCUGCGUUUCGUCGAACCUGCAGCAGCAUCGCAUCGUCUCCCGCAGUCCUUGCAGCUGCGACGAGCGCAGAGGAGGAGCGGCGAGGAGGAGGAGGAGGAGGAGGAGGAGAGGUUGAAAAGGGUUCGAGCUUAGUGCGGGAAUCCAGUUACGACUUCUGGUCGGACGAGCUCGAGCCCGAGCCCGAGCGUGCGGGAGGCUGGAAUAAGGUCGACGACGGGAGGAUCGAUGAGGAGAGAUGCUCGAGCUCGUCGCAUAGGAGAACGAAAAGCUUCGAGUUCGGUGGUGGCGGCGGUAGUUCGAACGAGGCGGACCCGCCGAGCAGAUUGAUUCGGGAGUUUUUGCAGAAGCAGAGCGCGACUGGGUCGACAUUUUUGGACCUCGAUAUGGACAUGGACGAGCUGACGGCGAAAGGUGCGAGGCCUGUCAGGCCCGGCGCCAAUGGCAGCGGCAGCGGAAAUGGGAAUGGGAAUGGCGUCGCCGCUUCUGCCCGACCCAACAGCAGCGUGCGAGCUUCGCCCCCCGGCCAGCUGAAGGAAACCCGAAUGUCGCAAGCCGACCAAGACUCAUUGUCCUCGUCCUCUUUCGAUUCGCCAUCGCCGACCUCCCGCCUCAGAGACCCUCUUGCCUCGGCGGGCGUCAGGAGGCCGGGAGAAGUGGUCGUCGACAUGCCGCAGAAUCACAGAACGAGCGAUUUCAGCUCGUCCUCGGAGGAGGUCUCGCCGCUGCACGAAGCUGCUCCUCUGAGCGGCGUGGGCAUCAGGUCGCGCAAAGCAAUCCCGCAACCUCCAAUCGCUCUCGAUCGAAAGAACAGCUCCAAUGGUGGUGGUGGUGGUGCAGGAGCAGGAGCAGGAGCAGGAGGGGAGGUGGACCCGACGGCUCGGUCGCCUCCCAUGGCGUACAAUAAACCUCCGGGGUUCAACAGGCUAAAAUCGAGGCUGGUCGAUGUUCCGAAGCCUCCCGAGAUGAAAGCUGGAGAUGGAAAGGACGAGGGCAGACGGUCGGGUGGCAUGUCGGGAGCGUUGCGGUCUGGGCUUCUGGGGAAGCUGAAGAGGGUGGACGAGGAGGACGACGAUCCUCUCAAGGACGCAGAUUUGCCCGAGAAAUAUCGAACUCGGGAUAAAGGGUUUUGGACCAUCGCGCAGUGGGUCUCAUUCUUGCUCAUUCUCGGCGGAUUGGCGACGAUUUUGGCGUUCAGGAAUCUGCGGGAAAUGAAGCGCGGUGGGUUGAUGCUCUGGAAAUGGGCGCUGCUCGUCAUGGUGGUCUUCAGCGGGAGGCUCGUGUCGGGCUGGAUCAUCUGGUUCUUCGUGAUCAUCAUCGAGCGCAACUUUCUGCUCCGCAAGAGGGUUUUGUAUUUCGUCUACGCCCUGCGCAAGGGCGUGCAGAACUGUCUGUGGCUGGGGUUCGCGCUGCUGGCCUGGCAUUUGAUGAUCGACCCCAAGGUCGACAAGGACAUUGCCGUCGUGAAGUACGUGACGAAAAUCUUGCAGUGCUUCCUCAUCGGAGCUCUGAUCAUUCUCGUCAAGACUCUGAUCGUCAAGGUCUUCGCUUCCUCGUUUCACGUGAGCAACUUCUUCGAGCGCAUUCAGGAAGCUCUCUUCAAUCAGUACAUCAUGGAAACGCUGUCGGGUCCCCCGAUGCUGGAGAUUGAACAGAACCACGAAGAGGAGAUGAAAUUCAACGAGGAGAUUGCGAUUCUGAAGGAGGCCGGUGCCACCGGGCCCAACCUUCCGAAGAUGAACGACUUGCCUCCUCUUCCUCCGAGACGGAGUGGAAUCAUCGGAGCCAGCCAGAUGUUGAACAAAAGCGGGGGCGUGCCCGGAGGCACUAAGAGCGGCAUGAUAGGGAAGAUUGGCAAGCCCGGAGAGAAGAAGUCUCAGAAGCUCGAGGAAGAAGGAAUCAGCGUCGAGCACUUGACCAAGCUCGACCAGCGCAAUGUGUCGGCGUGGAACAUGAAGCGACUGGUGAAUAUCAUUCGCCAUUCCAGCCUCACUCACUCCAUCGAAGAAACUGCGUAUGCCGAUGCAGGAGUGGAGACCGAGAUUCAAAGCGAGUGGCAGGCCAAGAAGGCUGCCAAGCAGAUUUUCAAAAACGUCGCCCGGAAAGGUGCCAAGGUUAUCUCGGAGGACGAUUUGUUACGGUUCAUGCGGGAGGAGGAGGCGACUAAAGCUCUGCACUCGUUCGAAGGGGGAUUCGAAACCAAGAAGAUCACCAAGCAAGCGCUGAAGAAUUGGGUGAUCAAUAUAUAUCGCGAGAGGCGUGCCCUGGCGCUGUCCCUGAACGAUACGAAAACUGCUGUGAACAAGCUGCACCGCAUCGUCGACGUCAUCGUGGGCUUGAUUAUCCUGGUCAUCUGGUUGCUGGUGCUGGAUAUCGCCACCACGCAGCUGCUGCUCUUCACGUCGUCGCAGUUCCUCCUCGUCAUUCUCGUGUGGGGCAACACUCUCAAGACCGUCCUCGAGGCAAUCGUGUUCCUCUUCGUCAUGCACCCGUUCGACGUCGGAGAUCGGUGCGUCGUGGAUGGACAGCAGCUUGUCGUGGAGGAAAUGAACAUCUUAACGACGGUGUUCCUGGGAGAUUACAAUGUGAAGAUCUGGUAUCCGAAUUCGGUGCUUGCGACGAAGCCUAUCCAGAAUUACUAUCGCAGCCCAGAUAUGGGUGACAGUGUUGAUUUCCUCACCCUGACCAGCACGCCCAUGUCGAAGAUCAACGAGCUGAAGGAGUCCAUCAAAGAAUACCUCUUGAGCAAGCCGCAAUGGUGGGCUCCCGAUUUCACUCUGAACGUGAUGGAGAUGACAGAGGGCAAGAGGAUGAAGUUGACGUUGGGUCUGAAGCACACCAUGAAUUUCCAGGAUUUGGGCGAGAGGUUCAAACGGAAAGGAGAGCUUCAGUAUGAGCUGAAAUCCCGUUGCACCAAGCUGGAAAUUGACUUCAAGCCUCCGGCAGGUGAAGUCAACGUAAAUUUCCGCCAGGAAGGUCCUCACGAGAUCAGUCUCCGGAAAGUGGAGUGAGCAGGUCCUUUCCCCAGAUGAGAUCUGCUCGAAGCAGAGUUAUCGAUUGAUGCUUUGGACAAUCCAGAGCAAGGAAGGAAGGACGGAAUCUCCUCUCCACCACAACAGAGAAGGGAAGUGUCAACUCCCACAUCAUCUGGCAUUUCUUACUCACUCGACGUGCUGGGCUUGGGCUGUGCAAUCUUCAGUAUUUGACGCCUACCUACCGACCGACUGAGGAAGGUAGAGGCCAUGGCCACGGAUUUUGAGCAUUGUCCACCUACUGUAUUCGUACCAAUGACCUCACCCUGUGAACGCGGUGGAAGUCUAUCCGAAGGGCCUCCUUCCGCAACUAGAGAGAGUACAAUAGCAGGUCCGGCAACCACUCUCCGAACGAGGAAGGGACAAGUGUUGAAAUAGACUUCCCUUGCUAUGUUCUCUCCAGAGUGACUGCGAAAUAGAUUGUUGUGAUUGGUCUUUCGCAGCACACAUGGAUCACAGUACAGCGCAGUUUUCGGUCUUUGGCUGGCCUCUGUAUACAAGAGGUCAUCUCAGCUCGGCUUCUGUUCUCUCUGUUUACACCUAGUAGCUCAGCCCGCCGAUUGAACGUUUGAAAUGUUUACACAUUCAAAAGUUCAUUCACUGAUGAAUGCGGCCAGUUUUUUUUGGAAAUACGGAGUAGAUUAAGGCAAUGAGACGGGAGAAAUUCAUUCACGGGCCUUCGCAGAGGUUCUAAGCCGGUGUGAUCAAUUACCCAAGCAAACAUUCUUAAUGUCAUGUUUUCAGGAGUAUCUGUAAAUUUGCAGUAAAAGUGUUUGUA